CUCCAGGAGAAAGACCUCGUCUCGAAACUCUUCAAGGUGCUGGCUCCGCGGUUCCAGGAGCUCCGAGGGGGAUAUGUGCGGAUGAUGCAGAUUCCGACUCGGGAGAAGGACAGCGCCAGGAUGGCUGUCAUUGAGUACAAGCGGAACCCCCUGCCCCCUCUCCCUACCAGGCGCCCGGGAGCUAAUGAGAAGACCCUGCUCAAUCAGCUGCUGAAAGGCUACAGGGAAGCGGCAGCUACCAGGCCGGUCUCAUCUGCUGGCGAGUCCCAGGUGUCUCCUGCGGCCCAGCCAGCUGUUUGACUGCCCGAUGGGAACGCAUAGGGACUUGGACAAGGCUUGGUAGUGGCGACGCCAAUCCCCUCCCUCCUGCCCUCCCCCACCCGGGGGUAUGUCCGGGAUUCUGGGAACUCCCCCCACCGAUCUCCUGGUUGUGUGUGUGGACCCCAUUCCUGUGGUGGCGAUCUCAUUUGUAAACCCUGUCCUGCUAUUAAACUUGCGAUGUGGGAACUUUG